UCAAACUCCUAUACAGACAAUCUGUGAAAAUUCCUAAUUUUUUUCUCAUUUUUUUCCUUAUUUCUUGAAUUAAAUUGUGACAGGCACCUUGUUGCUUACGAAAUUUGAAUAUUUCACAUGUCCCAAAUAACCCAUAAAUGACCUAUAAACCUGUGCUAUAAACUAUAAACCGGUUCUCUUCUAUGUUUUAACAAUAAGUGAAUGGCAAUUUUGCACCUUAUUCUAUUCCAAUCCCACAAUCGUAAUCGAUAUUCAUAAUUAUUAAAAAAAUUUAAACUCAUAUUGUAUGCUAUAAAAUAUAAAAUAAAGAUCGUAAACACGAAUAAAUAGGCAGUUUUCGAUGUUGUGUUCGUUUUGACGCUUAACAUAGGCGUAUUCUUUAACUUAGCCGCUAUUUGACAGAUUCCAUAAAAGUGUUUUCGGAAUCGUUCGACGCGACCCGCUUGCUGUUAACGUUAAGUUAUGGAGUCUAGGACGUUCUUUUGUUUAUAAAAUAUUUUAUUCUUAACUUUCGAUUUGAUUUGUCCCAAGUAUCAUGUUAAACGAGGAGUAUGCAGCCCUUGAUUCCUCGGACUCUGAUAGUGACUUAGAAGAUGUUCUAUUAUUGGAAGUGUUUAAUCGACACAAUAAUGUGAAUAGAGCUGAAAUGUACGGGGCCUUUAAUCUCAACAAUUUAUCUGAAACUGAGUGUAAAUUAUAUUUCCGUUUUGAGCAAGAUGAUAUACCAAGAUUAGCGCAAGCACUCAGAGUUCCAAAUGAUUUAACUACUGGAAGUGGACAUAGAUGUUCUGGUAUAGAAGGAUUAUGCAUACUUUUGAGAAGAUUGUCUUAUCCUAACAGACUAAGCGAAUUGGAAUAUUUGUUUGGUAAAUCGGCUCCAGCAUUGUCCAAAAUCAUUGACUACAUGCUUAAUCACAUCUAUAAUAAUUUUGGACAUAAACUGUCAAAUUUAAGGAAUCUCCAUUGGUUGAAUUUGGAUCGAUUUCAAUUAUAUGCUAAUGCAAUAAGUCAGAAAGGAGCCCCAAUUCCAAAUUGGUGGGCAUUCAUUGAUGGAACAGCAAGAAGUAUAUGCAAGCCAAGUGAAAAUCAAGAGGCCUAUUACUCAGGACAUAAAAGGCAUCAUUGUGUCAAAUAUCAAGCUUUAACGUGUCCUGAUGGAAUGAUAGUGAGCUUAAAAGGAGGUUACGAAGGAAGAAAACAUGAUGCUGCUAUUCUGAGAGAGUCUCAGCUUUACUAUCAGUUAGAGAGAAGUGCUAGGUUUCCUAAUGGAGAAAAUUUCAUAAUAUAUGGUGAUAAAGCCUAUGGUAUAAGAGAGUUGCUUUUAACUCCAUUUGCAAAUAGAGCUGGUAUGACUCCAGAACAGCAGGAAUUCAAUGCGAGAAUAAGCGAAGUGCGAAUUGCAGUGGAAUGGGGUUUUGGGAAAGUAAUUGCAGAAUUUGCAUUUUUAGAUUAUAAAAAAAACCAAAAAUUACUGUUGCAAGAAGUGGCUUCCAUGUAUAGUACUGCAGUUAUUCUAAUCAAUUGUCAUACCUGUUUAUAUAGUAAUCAAACAGCCAAAUCAUUUAACAUUGACCCUAUAGAAUUAGAAGAAUAUCUCCAAUGAAACAUGUUUUGUGAUGAUUAAUGUUUAUUCGCAUCAUUUGCUAUGAAAUCAAAAUCUAUUGCCAAAUUAAAAACUCUUAUUCGCAUCAUUUGCUAUGAAAUCAAAAUCUAUUGCCAAAUUAAAAACUCUAUAUUGUAGGUAUUUAGUAUAGUGCAAAUAGCCAAUGAAUAUUGUGUUACUUGUCUGUAUUAUACUUAUUUAAUACCUAAAUGUUGAUUUUCAGGGUAUCUAUUGAUAAAAUAAAAAAAUUUAAGACACUCA